CAUGCAUAGAUGCUAGCUAUUGAAUUACCUGCUGACAGUAAACUAGCCAGCAACUAGUCACACACAAAACACCUUAGCAAGGUAGCUAACGUUAUUCAUUCUGUAACGUCAACUAGCUAGCUACCCUGUGCAAGUUCAUAGGAUUUCUGGACUCCUGGCUACCUCCAGCGCAAUAUGAAAAGUAAGGAUUUGGUUUAGUUGUUUAAUUAAUUUUAACCAGGAGCAAUGACCAUACAGGAAAUCGCUUGUACAACGUCAAACCAACCAAUCGAUACAAAACCUGCUGGAAUACUACUAGUUAGCCAUCAGCACUGACAUUGUGGACUCAAGCUGGGGGGAAAUCCCAUCUAAUGCUUUAUGUUAACUCCAUAAAACUUGCCUUGAGGCUUUUUAAAUCGACGCUUUAGUACGAUACGACCCAGAACGUCGAAUCCGCGUAGGGUCCGUUGUCCUUAAGUUUGUCGUCAACUGGAUUGGAGAGCUCCCAUUAUAACGACUCCGCGCCUGUUUGCUAAACACAGAGGAAGCUCCGCGUCUUACUCAGCUCCACGAGACAACAGGGAUCAGGUGGUAAACAAGAUAUAUAAACUGAAUCGAUCGACCAAUUUAAUAGAAGCACAGGAUACAACAGCGGGAUUUACUGUCAAAGCUUUGAAAUACACUAGAUGCAUAGCUAAAGUUUUUGGAGCGUAGCUAAAUCUUUCGCAACACUGCAGCACUAAGGGGGUUUUUGAGGGUUACUAUGACGACAAUCAGUGUCCUCCUGCCACAUGCACAGUGACGUAAUAAUGAAAAGUUCUGAAACGUCAAAGAGGUGGGCUGCUACCAAUCCUAUAUACCACGAACAAGGCGUGAAAUACGCUGUUGCUUUUUGCCAUCACCAAUGGCAAAUAAAUACUUAAAACGUCCUGUAAUAUGUGUUUAAGAUGGAAAGUUCCUACCUGUCAUGAGUGAAUAGAGCACAUGAUGAGGACUAUGGACUACACCAUCUUCAAUGAGCUGCGACUAGAGGACAAGCUCUGUGAUGUGAUCAUUGAGGUCAAUCAGUUUGAGUUCAAAGCCCACAAAGCUGUCCUGUGUGCCUGCAGCACUUACUUCUGUUCCCUGUUUAACAGCACAGACGAGCAGAGGUACCAGAUUACUGGGCUUUUGCCAGACAUCGUGAGGCUUGUCAUCCAGUACAUAUACACAUGCUCGGUGCCAAUCUCAGAGGACAACGUGGAGAAUCUCCUGCAGGCAGCCAACAAGUUCUGCAUUGUGGGCCUUGCUCAGGCUUGCUGUGAGUUCCUGGAAGUCCAUCUGACCCCUCAGAACUGUAUUAGCACCUGGAGAGUGGCUGACGUGUACUCCUGCUCCAACCUGCGGUACCACUCAUACCGCUACAUCCUGCACCACUUUGAGGAAAUUGCACACGCCUCCAAUGAGUUCCUGGAACUCUCGUGUGCUGAACUCCAUGACAUCAUCGAUGAGGAUGAACUUAACGUCAGAGUGGAAGAUACAGUGUUUGAAUCCAUCAUGCGCUGGAUUGCGCACAGUCCUAGUGAGCGACAACAUUUUAUCUCCUUCCUGCUUCCUAAGGUGCGAAUGGGCUUAAUGAAUGCUGACUACUUCAUGGACAAUGUGAAGAACGACACAUUGGUGAAGGGGAGGGAAGAGUGCAACCGCAUAAUCCUCGAGGGCAUGAAGGCGCUCUUCGACUUCAGCAUGAACCGGUCCCAGCCCAACUUCAGUAACUCGCUAUCGCGGCCACGCCUGCCUUUCGCCGUCCUGCUGGCCAUCGGGGGCUGGAGCGGCAGCGUCCCCACCAACGCCAUCGAGUCGUACGACGCGAGGGCCGGCUGCUGGGUGAAUGUGACACUGGAGGAGGAGAGUCCCCGGGCCUACCACGGCGCCGUCUAUCUCAACGGCUUCGUCUACUGCCUGGGAGGGUACAACAGCAUGGAGUACUUCAGCAGCGUGCGCAAGUACAAUCCCGUGACUCUCACCUGGCACGAGGUGGCGCCCAUGUACUUCCGGCGCUGCUACGUGAGCGUGGCUGUGCUGGACGGCUACAUCUACGCCAUGGGCGGCUUGGACGGCCACGUUCGCCUCAACACGGCAGAGCGCUACAAGCCUGAGACCAACCAGUGGAGCCUCAUCUCACACAUGCACGAGCAGAGGAGCGACGCCAGCGCAACCACACUGCAUGGCAAGGUGUACAUCUGUGGGGGCUUCAAUGGCCAGGAUUGUCUGUUCACUGCAGAGUUCUACAGCCCUAAGUCUAACCAAUGGACCGAAAUCACCCCAAUGAGCAGCCGACGCAGUGGGCUGGGAGUCAUUGCCUAUGGCGAGGAGAUCUAUGUGGUUGGCGGCUUUGACGGGGUCUCCCGGCUGCGGAGCGCGGACGCCUACGACCCGCUGACCAACGGCUGGCGGGCGGUGCCCGACAUGAUCACGGCGCGCAGCAACUUCGGCAUCGAGGUGCUGGACGGCCGGCUGUUCGUGGUGGGCGGCUUCAACGGCACCACCACCACGGACUACGCCGAGUGCUACGACGACCGGGCGGACGAGUGGAGCGUCGUCCACUGCAUGGCCUUCUACCGCAGCGCGCUCAGCUGCUGCGUGGUCCCCGACCUGGCCAACGUCGCCCGGUACGCCGUCCCGCGCGCCGCCGCCGGCCCGCCCGCCGAGCCGCCCGCCGCGCCCGACAACCCCUCCUCCUCCCGCCGCUAACGUUCGCGUUCAUCCACGUACCGUCUACCGCAGAAGCUCAUCUGUUCACGCUCGUCAUGCACGGAGAUGUUCGAUGCAUCUGCGCUCUAGCAGGGUUUGCAUUAAAAAGAAAUUCUCUUGAAUGUUAUUUUUUUUGUCUUUUUGUUACACUUAGAAGACCAAGAAGCACACUCAAUAAUAAUUGUAUGCAAUAAUUCUUUUGGCACAGUGCUGUGUCACUUGGCGACUCAAAAAGACAGACUCCGGAAAUGGUUGGCUUCCUGCCUUUUAUUUACUCCUUAACUCAAAAAUGUAGAAUGGGA